AGUUAAGGCCUCUCCUGUCAGAUACACAAUUUUAAAAUGUAUAUUUUGCAGAGCCUACAUUUGCAAUUUUUUCCGUUCUAGCAUUUAAUCAAUUUUUGAAAAUAGGAAGGAUAAUGAUUGAUCUGCUUCUCGCAGUAAAAUCUGCCUCAAUAUUUUUCAAGGUGAUAUUAUGAGUACUGUUGUUUUUUAACAUGCAGAGAGAUAUCCAUGUUCUUAAUCGUCUUGCCAUCUAGAGAUCACUUAAGAAUUGAUAUUAUUAGUUCUGGUUUAUAUUAGUCUAGCGUUUUACACAAGCCUAUUAUGUUGACUGUCUUUGCACAAAGAUCGUUUGCAGCUUUCCAGAAGACGUUCAACGUUCAAUACAUUUAGCUAAUUCAGAUACACUGCAAAACAUUUUGAUCUUCCACUAAAAGUUUUACUUAGAGGAAAUUAAUUUAACGUAAACAUGUUCUGGAAAAAUUUACACUUUCAUCAUGCCGUACCAGAUCACAAUGAGUGUUACUGUAUCCACAUUGUACAGGAUGAUGGUCUUGUAUGUAUACAAGACCAUCUUGAAGAAAUUGGAUUGCACUUUAUUUUGACUGCUGUUCCUAGUAUCCUGUUCGAUGUUCAGUGACUUUCACCAUAAUAAAAUAGUCUGUGUCAAUAGAAUAAUAUUGUUGCAUAUAGACAGGGGAAAUAUAUUGUUGCAAGGCUUUCUACGUCUAAUGUUACCGCAGAGCUAAAUGAAAGUUCUUGUAAUAUACCACAAUACCACAACAACAAUCUUCUGACUUCAAGCUCCAGACAUUUUUUCGAAUCCUUUAUUCUAAAAACAAGAUAUUCGAACACCUCAUUCCUAAUCUUUUUUAUGCUAUUUUUUCUGAUGAACCUAGACUUAAGAUGCCGCCACCCAAAGCAAAAUCACGUUCAAAAGCCGCCACCAGUGGAAACGGAGGCAAGAUUUGUUCCUCAAAGCCAAAAAGAAAGGAGCCAGAUAGUGAUGAAAAAGCACCCAAAUUGAAAACCACAAAUACAUCGACCUUGAAAAUCUUACUUGAUCUGGAUAACGACCAUAAAGAUCUAGCAGAGGAGACCAACAAGGUGCAGAAAGAGCACAAGGAGCUGCUUCUACGUAAAGAUUCUGAGGCAACAGCUUUAGAUCAGGAGCUUGUAGAAAAGGAGGCUCUUUUAAAAGAGUGCCUCAGCCUCCAACUGGAGGACGCGGAACAAAUUGAUUUCGCGGUAGAUGAAGUUGGUGGAAUUUUUCAGGACCAUGAUAAAAAGACAGAUGUAAAAAAGCUUGCGAAGCUUUCUGAUGAACUUAUAAAGGAUCUUGUUAACCUAGAGAAACGUAAAUGGGAGAUUAGUGAAUAUGUUAUCAAUGAAAUUAAUAGACAUAAUGUAUAUAAAGAAUUACGAAGAAUUCUAAACAGAGAGCAUCAUGGGACGAAAAUAUCAUUUGGAAGAGUUUUCUUAAAAGCAAAAAUAAAGGAGUUUGAGCGUUUGAUCGAAAAGAAAAACAAAGAGGUUGAUCAAUUGAAGGAUGCUAGAAAUGUCAGUACUGGGGAUUGCUGGGAGCGGGCUGCGGAGAAAUAUGGCGCAGAAAUGAAGGAAUGGAUGGAGGAGAAAGGCCGGCUGGAAAACGAGUUUCUUGAUAAAGAAGAGAGAUUGAAAAACAUCAAGGAGUGUGAGACAUUCGUUGAAAAUGAUAUUGUCAACAAGAAAGCGAAAAUCGAACGGCAGUCAGAAGUAAACAGAAAACAGAUAUUCAAUUCAGUAGAGUUUAAAGAGUUGAUGGAACACAGAGAUGGGCUGAUCGUUCGCAUUGAGAAAUCUCUGAGUAUUAUAGAGGACACAAAGGAGGCUUGUCGUAACGCAGUUUUGAAGUCAAAUGAAUUGCAUUUGAAUUUGCUCAAAACUCAAAAGAGAGUGCAGGAACUGACUUCAAAAGCCUUUGAGCUAUCAAAAGAAAACGAACAAGAACGAAUGCGAAUGAUGGAAGCAAGUGCCAAGAUGGAUUACGUCAGCCAUGAGCUGAAUGGGAAGAACGGUGUUUUGUUGAGACUUGAAGUGGAUAUUGAGGAACUGGAAAGCAAUAAAGAAAUGUUAGAAGAAAACCUAAACCACUGCUUAUUGCAGAUUGAGAAGUAUGAGGAAAAGAAUGAUGCAAUGGAGAGAAGAAUUAGCCAGCUGAAUGAUCAAUAUUUCUUGGAUACAUAUUCAAAAAGUCCCUAGUUGUCUUCAAUAGAUUGAAUUGUUAAGGACUGAAUUGCAUAGAGGCUAUAGAAGAAGUAGAAAGAUAGCUAGUAAAAGAGAGCUUUAAAGUAAAAGUAGAUAAUUAUAUAUAUAUAAAUAUUUGUAAAUCAAUCUUUGUUGCUUCAUACCUUAAACAUCCAUACUUAGACUGAAUGCUGAUCAACGCUUAAUACUUUCUCUUCGAUCUUACAUGUUAGCUAACAAUAUAUACACAAAUAAACAUGUACAUAUAUACAAAACUAUCUGAUUAAAAUCGAAUCUGCUUAAACAAAGUAAAUGAACUUUUGCAAGAAUAACUACACUGAUAGAAACUAAAUCAGAACGUUAAGUUACACUGAAAGGCAUACAUUUGCAAUUUAACUGUCUGCUUUAUCCCAUUUUUGUUUGAUUCUUAAAGAUUCUGAAAAUUCUGCUUAUUUCUGCUCGUUUGGUAGGCUCUUCCAAAUCUUUCUGUUUGGAUUUGAUUAUUUUUCCAUUAAUGUGUAUCUUUUCUCCACUAAUAUUUGUCUGGUUUUUUCUGAGCUAUAAAGCAUGGAAUUUUUCAAGCUUGCAAUCAUUCCAUUGUCUUUUAACCGUGAUAACGCAACUCCGGUUUCUUUGCCAAAAAAAACACCUGACCAGGGAUACUUUUGGACAAUAAGCUAGUGUAUUGCCAUCAGCCCAGAUAUAAAAUAUUGCUGGCUUUAAGAAAUAAAUAAUUUACGUUGCUCUCUCAAAGGUGUCUCUGCAUCCUUUUUCUGUAAGAAUUUCACUAGCAGCAACAAAAUAUUAAAAUUUAGCAACUUGGUUAGAGGAAAAGUAACUCAAUAGUGUUUAAUACAAAAUCCUUAGAAAGCAGAAGAUUUUUGUUCUUUUUGUAAUAACCACCUAGCCUAUACUGCUACUCUGAAUCGUCGACAAUGCAGAAUGCAAGGCUAGUGGUUCUAUAAAACACUUCCAGAGCUUCGUCGUGACAAAACUGCACUUUUAAAUUCGAGGCUGACCAUUCUUACUUGAAGCCUCUAUAAGAGCGUCCUGAAGCCUCGAAGUUUCUUGCGCUCUUUUUCAUCACAUACAAUGAAGAAUUCCGUUUUUGUUUGGUACGACGACUAGGAUGUGCCUCGACGAUCAUAUGAAAAAGAUUGAGAAAUGUUCUGCAGCGGUCUUGCGAAUCUACAAGCGUCGAAACUACAAACUACAAAUU